GAGUCACCCUGAGCUUGUGGCUGGUCCCGGAAGUAAAACCAGGAGGGGCGGAAGAGACGGCGGAAGGGCGGGCCCACGGCGCGGCGACGGGGGGCGGGGCCGAGAUGGUAACGGACGCGCCCUGGAGCCGCGCUGCAGGAAGGGCCAUACUGUGACCGCUGCCGCAGGCGCUUGCUCCGAGUAGCCCUGCGGCUCCCCUUCUGCCAUGAUGAUCCACGGCUUUCAGAGCAGCCACCAGGACUUCUCCUUCGGGCCAUGGAAGCUGACGGCGUCCAAGACCCACAUCAUGAAGUCUGCGGAUGUGGAAAAGUUAGCUGAUGAACUGCAUAUGCCGUCCCUCCCUGAGAUGAUGUUUGGAGACAACGUUCUAAGGAUCCAGCAUGGCUCUGGCUUUGGAAUAGAGUUCAAUGCUACGGAUGCACUGAGAUGUGUGAACAACUACCAGGGCAUGCUCAAAGUAGCUUGUGCUGAAGAGUGGCAGGAAAGUAGGACGGAGGGUGAACACUCCAAAGAAGUUAUUAAACCAUAUGACUGGACCUAUACAACAGAUUAUAAAGGAACGUUGCUUGGAGAAUCUCUUAAGUUAAAGGUUGUACCUACAACAGAUCAUAUAGAUACAGAAAAACUGAAAGCCAGAGAACAGAUUAAAUUUUUUGAAGAAGUUCUCCUGUUUGAAGAUGAAUUGCAUGAUCAUGGCGUUUCCAGCCUGAGUGUGAAAAUUAGAGUAAUGCCUUCCAGCUUUUUUCUGCUAUUGCGGUUUUUCUUGAGAAUUGAUGGGGUGCUCAUCAGAAUGAACGACACAAGGCUCUACCAUGAGGCUGACAAGACCUACAUGUUACGAGAAUAUACAUCCAGAGAGAGCAAAAUUGCUAAUUUAAUGCAUGUUCCACCUUCCCUCUUCACGGAACCUAAUGAAAUAUCACAAUAUUUACCAAUUAAGGAAGCAGUUUGUGAGAAGUUAAUAUUUCCAGAAAGAAUUGAUCCUAACCCUGUGGACUCACAAAGUAUGGCCUCAGAAUAAAAUGUGGUACAGCAUACUCUCCAUGUGGAACCUGACUGAUACCUUGGCUAUUUGUAGGGAUAUUUUUAUUAUGAGAAUUAAUUUCCUUGCUUAUGCGCAGAUUUUCUGUAGCCUUAAAGGAAAAUAAAAGAUUGUUGCAGGCAGGUUCCACUCAACUCCUAUUUAUACUGUUUUCAAGUUCCUACUCCAGAGUUACACGUGCUCUGGAGCUUAAUUUGGAUUGUUAACUCAUCACAAAUUGUGACCUCAACAGUGAUGGUAUGUGUCUCAUGAGAGGGACAUAAUCUGCAUCCAUCCUGAAGCAUCGUCUUCUACUGUGAAGAGGCUGACUUGUAAAUGCCAUCACUGAGCCCCGAGCCCGGUGACCUUCAUAGGAUUCUGACUGCAUGCUGAUGUGCUACUCUGGCUCUAGGCUGUGGGCUUUCUGGUGUUUAUUCGCACUUCUGGAGAGUUGUGACAUGUCACCUACGAAAUUAAUCUUGUAUUCAUUAGUUGGAGUUUCUGGGCAAUGUAUUGUGUGUGUUUGUACACACAUGUAUUUUUUAAAUCUUUUCAUUUAAAUGUAUUUGUCUCUGAGUAGUGUUAGAUUACUUAUUUUGAUAAUUCAUUGUUAAAAAUUGUGGAGAAUUACAAUAAAAUAAUUGACUUUUUUUCUUUAAAAAAAAUUAAAGAGGCGGGCGGUGGGGAGGAGGAGAGUGCUUCUGAAGAUUGUAUUGGUGUAUCCCUGUGAGGAGUACCAAGGUGUGUCCUUGGCCAUUUCUAAAUAUGACAUAUGCCAUUUUAUAUUUAUUUGUCCAAGUGUCUUUUGUAAGAGGAGAAUAAAUAAGGAAUUAUGUAUCAAUA